AUGAGCUAUUUUAGAAAGCACAGACUUAAAAGGAGAUUCCUUUCGGGAUGCCUUUCCUUCCUUGUCGGAGAUUCCGACGUUUACCACUACGUCACGAAUGAAGAGAGUAACGACAGCAAUGAUGACACUGAAGAUGUGUCUCUCUUUGAUGCAGAUGAUGAAGUAUCCAGGAGAUCAAAAAAGUCAAAAAUAAGGCAUCCAGUGGCAUCAUUUUUCCACUUGUUCUUCCGAGUCAGUGCGAUAGUUGUCUAUCUGCUCUGCGAGCUCUUAACUAGCAGCUUCAUUGCCUGUAUGGUAACAAUUAUCCUCCUCUUGUCGUGUGACUUUUGGGCUGUAAAGAAUGUCACAGGGCGACUGAUGGUCGGCCUUCGCUGGUGGAACCAGGUGGAUGAUGAUGGUAGAAGUCAUUGGGUGUUUGAAGCCAGGAAGGUAUCAGCACAAGGGAACAAAGCCUCAUCAGAAGCAGAGUCUCGAAUUUUCUGGUUAGGUCUCAUCACUUGUCCUAUGAUCUGGGUGAUAUUUGCAUUCAGUGCUCUCUUUUCUUUCAAAGUGAAAUGGCUGGCAGUGGUUGUGAUGGGGGUGGUACUUCAGGGAGCCAACCUUUAUGGUUAUAUCAGGUGUAAAGUUGGCAGCAGAAAGAACUUGACAAGCAUGGCGACCAGCUAUCUUGGAAAGCAGUUCUUGCGGCAGACUGUGGCUAAAGAUGACCAAACAGCAUCUUGAGGAUGGCAGAAGACUUAAGCCAGACUGAAUUUACAGUAGUGAACUCGGAGAACGCUACUUUGACCACGAGAUUUGGGAGCUGCAUAAACAGUGUGUGAAUUAAAAGAAGUAAAUAAAUUCUGCAAGACUUCGGGUUAACACUCAUAGCAGCUUGCAUUCAAUUUUUCUCUAGCAGUUUGUGUUUCCAAGUUCUUUCUUUAGUUGGAUUUGAAUUAAUUUGCCUAAACUUUAAAUUAAUAGUCAUCCUAGUUGGCUCCCACGCAGGGUUUAUAAGUAGUGGAUGAAUUAAGACAGAAAUGCUGAGCGUCCUUCAGAAAAGCCGUGCACGAGCUGAGCCUUCUGUUACCUGAGAACCUCCAGCAGUUGGUACCUCAAAUAGUUUCAGCUGUGCAGUUACCUGUAGUUUGUUCUUGGAGGCAAUUGCUACUUCUAUUACAAUGUUCUGACCCCUCUUCCUUGGAUCUCUAUCUUUCUCUCAUUCUGUGAUUUGGGUGACACUGAGCUUGUUGAGGUGGGGCCUCUGAAUUUCAAGGAAAUGCUGCUGUUGGCUGUAGUAGGAGGAUUGCUGAGGUCUAGUGGAAAAACUGCAAAAGUGUUUUCUGUGCAGCUCUGGUCUUUUAUCCAAAGUAUUUUUGGAGGUCUUAGUAACAUCUCACCAAGACCGUGAUUAAACCCUUGGACGUUAUGUAAAACACCUCUUUUCUCUUAGGCCUGUGAAUGGAGACUACAGUGAGAGUGAAACCAGGUUAUGAGGAAAAUUGCACAUACAAGUUCAGAGGCAGAGUGAUUCUGUGAGCGGUUGCUGUCUGACUAACGCUGUGAAGAUGAUGCCAUCUGGCAUCGUAUUGAGGCUGUAUAAUAAUAAUGCAGUUGGUGCCCAAGUACUUAUUUCCAAGUUUGCCAUGAAGGUGUGGUGUAGUGUUAUCUGUCGUGUCCUCUGCCAGGUCCUCAGCACAGGAUAGCAGGGAACGUGGCUGACAGGGUCUCAAUACACUGCAUUACACAUGCAGAGAAUUUAGUUGGGCUCACUGGCUCUUAAAGUGCAGUUGAUUUGGGGUUAACCAUUUAAACCAGAGUUGAAUCAGAACGCAAGGCCUUUACUUGUCACUGUUAAGUGAGCAGGGGAAUGUUUUAGAUAACCCACUUAGGAAGUUAUCUAAAAACCUGGCAUUAGCAUGUUGACUUUGCAAGAAGUUUACAUUUCUUGAAUCCAUGCAAUAUGCUUUCCUCAAGCUGUGCUCUCCAAGCAGUCUUUGGGCUGGGAAAGUGUCUUUCGUACGAUCAUGAAAUUUGAGGUUACAAUGUUCAUGUAGCUGCAAGAAAGUGAUGCGUUUUGUGUGAAAAACUGUUAUGAAAGGGGUCGGUUCCUUCUUGUCGUGUAGUUCUGUUUAAGGCAGAUUAUGCUUUUACAUCGGGGGAGAUUAUAAACUUCUGAUGAGGUGUUUUAAAUUAAGAAAGUGGUUUCUUUUUGAAUAAUGGAUAUUGUAAAUUGUGGGACCGUAUUAAUGAUAUUUUUCUCCCUGUAAUGUAGCAAUACUUGGGAGCUGUACAUUUGUUUAACUCUUUGGAUUGAUACCUUCUUUUUGUAAAUAUAUAUUUAUAAAUGAAAUUAAAGUAAGGCUUUGUUUAA